CUUGCAGCCACACAUUCCUACUGAGUUAAAAUUUCACCGUCCAUGGGGUUGGUUGGAGUUAUUCUCAUCGAGAAAUGUGGAGGGACUUGUUAUAGCACCAUAACGGUACCGAGCGCGUCUGCACCGGUACAGGCAGAAGAGGCCGGACGGUCAUUCCUUACCGGGUCAAGAAAUAUCAUAGCCAAGUUAACCUGCACGACACCAUCUGAUUCCUGUGCAGUCGGCCUCGUGCCAUCCUGCGGGAACAACAAUUGCAAAAUAUAACUCGCUCAAUUUCGAACAGCUUGUGGUUCUGUCUAUCUCCACCCUCGUCCAACCCUACCAGCUUUUCCAUGCAGGGAGGAUUCCUAACUGAAGAUGGCCUGGAGAAGUACUUCGCGUCUGGGGAGUAUCCAUGGACAAGUCUCGUAGCACCGUCUUCCUUCAGUUACGAUUGGCAGCAGCCCCACUCUACCACAUUCGGUGUGGGAGGGCCAUCUCUCACAAGCGGAUGCUCCAGUGGAUCUCCCACGCAUGACCAAUGGGUCUACCGGAUACCCGAGAUUCAGCAACUACCAUCAGGAUCCGGACCGAUUCCUUCAUGUUGCACCACAAUUCUUGGCCCAGAUUCGAUGUCAGAAGCAAACUUAUGGACGCGGAUGGUAACACGCCCAUCAUUGAAGCGCUCUCGGCGGCUCAUGAACUACAACGUGCAGCAAGAUGUUCUUAACGUCGUGCGGAUUGAUGAUUCAUUGAGUGCAGAGAGCGUGACGGUGGUGGAGAUGCCGAAUUCUGUGUUGAAGCCAGUAUCAUACUCCGGGAAUAAACCGCCAAAGGUAACAAUAGACGCCUGUGAUGAAAAAUCAAUAAAGUCUGUCCAAUCUGAUUCUGCGCAUUCCAUAGGAUGGGCCACCGAAACGAAAUGCGAGGGGAAGGCCCGGGAUAAAGGGAUCGAGAAGCAAGCAUCCUCCAAUACUUGUUGCCUACCAAAGCUACGCCUGAACAAAGCAUGGAAUCGGCUGCGCCGUUGGACGACUACUGCACUCAGGGACAUGAAGAGUCGAACUGCGCGUUUAUCAUUAGCUACUCGACCGAUAAGUUUGGCCGGUUGCUCGGAUCAACAUGACAUCUGGAGAUACCCUCAAGGAAACGACGAUACAGGACAAACGAAUUGACCGAUGUAACUGGAUCACGACAUAACGAACGCUCUCCAUAUCAGCCCCCGUGGACAUUUUACAUUUUGGGGGGAAUGAACUCUUACUCUCAUGUUAAUCACAGACAAAUGUAUGCUAAUGGAUUUAGUAGCGAUAUAAGACUGUAGCUAUACUCGUGGGUGUGCCAGACUAGAGUAACGUAUGUCAUCAUCUCAGUAUACGACGAAACAGUCCCUAUAGCAGCUGGAAUGGCAGUAACGGCCCACUCUGCGGAGACGACAUAGCACAGAGUUGUGAUGGUUCACUAUGGAAGUUUUCCUUCAUAUAUAACUCUGAAGAGUUCCGUGUCUAUUUGGGGCAGCACUAG